UCUCUUUCCAAGUUCCAGCAUCAUUCUCAGCACACUGACAACAUGCUGGGGACCCUCUGUACUCUCAUCACUGCUCUGAUGUAUGUUGAUGCAGUGAUAGUGUUGACCCAGACACCUGCUGUCCGCACAGUCUCUGCAGGACUAGAAGUUGUUGUCAACUGUAACGUUGACAGAUAUGAUGGAUAUUAUGUUAGAUGGUAUAAACAGGUACCUGGUGGAACUCCUCAGUAUGUUUUGAAAUUUCACUACAGCCACAGCUCACCUAACAGCUUUGGACCAGGAUUCUCCUCAGACAGAUUUAACUCUAAAGCCACAUCAAAGAUAAAUUAUCAGUUUAUCAUCCAGAGAGCAGAGACAGGAGACUCUGCAGUUUAUUACUGUGAGACAUGGGACAACUCUGCUAAAGAGAAUGUAUCACAGUGGGUAUUCGGACCAGGAACCAAGCUGAUUGUUACAAGCUCCAGCCUCCCUCCUCCUGUCCUCACUGUCUUCCCUCCGUCCAGAGCUGAGCUCCAGUCCGACCAAGUCACUCUGGUCUGUCUGUCCAGUCAGGCUGGACCUUUUGCAGAUGUGAGCUGGUUGUCUGCUGGGAGUCCAGUGAGCAGUGGGAUCUCUACCAGCACCGCCGUUCAGACACCAGACCAGACUUUCCAGAUCAGCAGCUCUCUGACCAUCCAGACAUCAGACUGGAACAUGGGUCAACUUUACACAUGUAAAGUGUCUUUGGGCUCCCAGACUUCAGAGAAAACCAUCAACAAGUCACAAUGUCCUGCUGAAGGAUAACAGAGGAUCAGAAUCAUCAUUUAACUUCUGCUUCUUUGCUCUUAAUACUGUUUCUUAAUUAUUAGUUUUUUUUCCUUGUAAAAGAGAUAUUUAAUCUUAAUGCAACUUCCUAAAAAGAAAAAAAAAAUGUUUUAGAUUUCGAAACUGCUUGAAGUCAGACUGCUUGUUUCAACUCUGCAUAUUUCACUUCAUUUUCA